AUGGCAGCCAAGGAUAUUUCUACUGAAGUGCUGCAAAACCCUGAACUAUAUGGGCUGAGGCGGUCGCAUAGAGCUGCUGCCCAUCAACAAAACUACUUCAAUGAUAGCGAUGAUGAGGACGACGAAGAAAACAUUAAACGGUCUAGGAGGAAGAGAACGACAACCAUUGAAGACGAAGAAGACGAAUUUGAAAAUGAAGAAGAUGAAGAGGAUUCCGAGGAAGACGAAGUCGAGGAAGAUUUGGAAGAAGAUGACGAUUAUUAUGGCUCUCCUAUAAAGCAAAACCGUUCAAAACCGAAAUCAAGAGCAAAGUCGAAAUCUAAAUCUAAGCCAAAAUCUCAAUCGGAAAAGCAAUCUACAGUGAAGAUACCAAUAAGGUUUUCUAAUCGUCAAAACAAAACGGUAAAUUAUAACGUCGAUUAUAGCGAUGAUGACCUCUUGGAAUCUGAAGAUGACUACGAUUUCGAAGAGGCUUUAUCGGAGGAGAAUAUGCAUGAAGCAUCUGCCAAUCCUCAACCGGAAGACUUCCACGGUAUUGAUAUCGUCAUCAAUCACAGACUAAAAACAUCUUUAGAAGAAUCAAAAGUCUUGGAAAAAACUGUUCCUGACCUCAGCAACUGCAAGGAAAACUAUGAAUUUUUAAUCAAAUGGACAGAUGAAUCCCAUCUCCACAAUACCUGGGAAACUUAUGAAUCUAUUGGCCAAGUUCGUGGUCUGAAGAGAUUGGAUAACUAUUGUAAGCAAUUUAUCAUCGAAGAUCAACAAAUAAGAUUAGAUCCAUACGUUACCGCCGAAGAUAUAGAAAUCAUGGAUAUGGAACGUGAACGUAGGCUUGAUGAAUUUGAAGAGUUUCACGUACCGGAAAGAAUUAUUGAUAGCCAACGUGCUUCGUUAGAAGACGGUACCUCGCAACUUCAGUACUUGGUUAAAUGGCGCCGCCUGAAUUACGAUGAAGCUACUUGGGAAAAUGCAACAGAUAUCGUAAAAUUGGCACCUGAGCAAGUUAAACAUUUCCAGAGCAGAGAAAACUCCAAGAUUCUUCCACAAUAUUCUAGUAAUUACACUUCUCAGAGGCCACGUUUUGAGAAGUUGAGCGUGCAACCACCAUUCAUUAAAGGUGGAGAAUUAAGAGAUUUCCAGCUGACUGGUAUCAAUUGGAUGGCAUUUUUAUGGUCCAAAGGCGAUAAUGGUAUAUUGGCAGAUGAGAUGGGCCUAGGAAAAACAGUCCAAACUGUCGCAUUUAUCAGUUGGCUGAUAUUUGCCCGUAGACAGAACGGACCUCACAUUAUUGUGGUUCCUUUAUCGACAAUGCCUGCUUGGUUAGAUACUUUUGAAAAAUGGGCGCCAGAUUUGAAUUGUAUAUGCUAUAUGGGCAACCAAAAAUCAAGAGAUACCAUUAGGGAUUAUGAAUUUUACACUAAUCCACAGGCAAAGGGGAAGAAAACAAUGAAAUUUAAUGUUUUAUUAACAACAUAUGAAUACAUCUUAAAAGAUCGUGCUGAAUUAGGAGGUAUAAAAUGGCAAUUUAUGGCCGUUGAUGAAGCUCAUAGACUAAAAAAUGCCGAGUCAUCCCUCUAUGAGUCAUUAAACAGUUUCAAGGUUGCCAACCGUAUGUUGAUCACAGGUACACCUCUUCAGAAUAAUAUCAAAGAAUUAGCUGCUCUAGUUAAUUUUCUAAUGCCCGGAAGAUUUACGAUUGAUCAGGAGAUUGAUUUUGAAAACCAAGAUGAAGAACAAGAAGAAUAUAUUCAUGAUUUGCAUAGAAGAAUACAGCCUUUCAUUCUUCGUCGUUUGAAGAAAGACGUAGAAAAAUCACUUCCAUCAAAGACAGAACGUAUUUUAAGAGUUGAACUAUCUGACGUACAAACGGAAUACUAUAAGAAUAUCCUGACCAAAAACUACUCUGCUUUAACUGCUGGAGCUAAAGGGGGUCAUUUCUCUUUACUAAAUAUAAUGAACGAAUUGAAGAAGGCAUCGAAUCAUCCAUACCUAUUUGACAAUGCUGAAGAGCGCGUAUUACAGAAAUUCGGAGAUGGUAAAAUGACUCGAGAAAACGUAUUAAGAGGUUUAAUCAUGUCUUCAGGUAAGAUGGUUCUUUUAGAUCAAUUACUGACCAGAUUAAAGAAAGAUGGACACCGUGUGUUGAUCUUUUCACAAAUGGUUAGAAUGCUUGACAUUUUGGGUGACUAUUUAUCCAUUAAAGGCAUUAACUUCCAAAGGUUAGAUGGUACAGUACCAUCUGCUCAAAGAAGAAUAUCUAUUGAUCACUUCAACUCCCCGGAUUCAAACGAUUUCGUAUUUUUACUUUCCACGCGUGCUGGUGGUUUGGGUAUUAACUUAAUGACCGCCGAUACUGUUGUUAUUUUUGAUUCUGAUUGGAAUCCUCAAGCCGAUUUACAAGCAAUGGCUAGAGCUCAUCGUAUUGGUCAAAAAAAUCACGUCAUGGUGUAUAGGUUGGUUUCAAAAGAUACAGUAGAGGAAGAGGUAUUAGAAAGAGCACGGAAAAAAAUGAUUCUGGAAUAUGCUAUUAUCUCUCUGGGAGUGACAGAUGGUAAUAAAUACACUAAGAAAAAUGAACCGAAUGCUGGCGAACUAUCUGCAAUCCUGAAAUUUGGUGCAGGUAAUAUGUUUACUGCUACAGACAAUCAAAAAAAAUUGGAAGAUCUUAACUUGGACGAUGUUUUGAACCAUGCAGAGGACCAUGUUACUACUCCAGAUCUAGGAGAGUCGCAUCUUGGGGGUGAAGAGUUUUUGAAGCAAUUCGAAGUCACAGAUUAUAAAGCGGAUGUAGAUUGGGAUGAUAUUAUUCCGGAAGAAGAACUGAAAAAACUACAAGAUGAAGAGCAGAAACGCAAGGAUGAGGAAUAUGUUAAAGAACAACUCGAAAUGAUGAAUAGAAGGGAUAACGCCCUAAAAAAGAUAAAAAACAGUGUUAAUGGUGAUGGGACUGCCGCCAACUCAGAUUCUGACGACGAUAGCAGUUCCAGAUCUUCUAGAAGAAGGGCAAGAGCUAACGAUAUGGAUUCUAUCGGUGAAUCGGAGGUGAGAGCUUUGUAUAAAGCUAUUUUAAAAUUCGGCAACCUAAAGGAAAUCUUGGACGAGCUGAUUGCCGAUGGGACCUUGCCAGUCAAAUCGUUUGAAAAAUACGGUGAAACCUACGAUGAAAUGAUGGACGCUGCUAAAGAAUGUGUGCAUGAAGAAGAGAAAAAUAGAAAAGAAACCUUAGAGAAGCUUGAAAAGGAUGCUACCGCCUAUAGAGCAAAGCUAAAAAGCGGUGAAGUAAAAGCAGAAAACCAACCAAAGGAUAAUCCAUUAACGAGAUUAUCGCUAAAAAAAAGAGAAAAGAAAGCCGUCCUUUUCAAUUUUAAAGGUGUUAAAUCUUUAAACGCCGAAUCUUUAUUAAGUAGGGUGGAAGAUUUAAAGUACCUGAAAAACUUGAUAAAUUCAAACUGUAAAGAUGAUCCAUUAAAGUUUAACUUAGGUAACAGCACGCCUAAGCCUGUACAGAACUGGUCAUCUGAUUGGACGAAAGAAGAAGAUGAGAAGCUAUUGAUCGGUGUUUACAAGUAUGGAUAUGGUUCUUGGACGCAAAUAAGAGACGAUCCAUUCUUAGGCAUUACAGAUAAAAUAUUCUUGAAUGAAGUUCACAAUCCGACGGCAAAAAAAUUGGCAAGUUCCUCCGAUACGACACCAACACCCUCAAAGAAGGGAAAGGGAAUAACGGGUUCUUCCAAAAAAGUACCUGGCGCCAUUCACCUAGGCAGAAGAGUUGAUUACCUAUUAUCCUUCUUAAAAGAAGGUUCAAGCGCAAGGAGCCCCAGUGCUGAGCCAAGCUCGAAAAAGCUCCCCACUGGUCCUUCUAAAAAGAGGCAAAGAAAACCUGCUAGUCAUAGUAAGUCGAUGACUCCAGAAAUCACAAAUUCUGAGCCUGCAAAUGGCCCGCCAAGUAAACGUAUGAAAGCCCUCCCAAAGGGCCCUGCGGCCCUAAUAAACAGCACGAGAUCUUCUCCGAACAGCUCCACACCCUCAUUAAAGUCCAAGGCUUCCAGAGACAAUGGUACAAGGCAAACAAGCAACCCUAGUAGCGGCAGCGCCCACGAGAAAGAAUAUGACAGCAUGGAUGAAGAAGAAUGUAGACACACAAUGAGUGCUAUACGUACUUCUCUGAAGCGCCUCAGAAGAGGCGGCAAAGGGCUUGAUCGUAAGGAAUGGGCCAAAAUUUUGAAGACCGAACUCACUACGAUUGGUAAGCAUAUUGAAUCACAAAAGGGCUCAUCGAGAAAGACAAGCCCAGAAAAAUAUCGCAAGCACCUUUGGUCUUACAGCGCAAACUUCUGGCCUGCCGACGUUAAGAGUACAAAGCUGAUGGCAAUGUACGACAAGAUAACAGAAUCCCAAAAGAAGUGA